GCCCAUUCUCCAAUUGGGCGGACAUGGCUCAGGCCAACCAAAUUGCCACGAGCUUCGGCGCCGUGGCUCCUACCCUGUUCUACUUCCAGCCCAAGAACAUCUGGGUGCUCGCCACCCAGUGGGGGUCCAGCACUUUCACCUACCGCACCUCCACCGACCCCACCAACGUCAACAGCUGGUCGGCCGAGUACCCCCUAUUCUCGGGCCAGCUGGCUAGCGGCGAAAGCUCCGGCACGGGCGCCAUCGACCAGACCGUGAUCGGUGACGCCACGAACAUGUAUCUCUUCUUCGCCGGCGACAACGGCAAGAUCUACCGGGCCAGCAUGCCCAUCGGCAACUUCCCUGGUAACUUCGGCACGCAGUACGAGGUGGUGCUCAGUGGCGCCCGGAAUGAUAUCUUCGAGGCGGUCCAGGUGUACACCGUCCAGGGCGGCCAGGGCCAGAGCAAGUACCUGAUGAUCGUCGAGGCGAUCGGCUCGACUGGCCGUCGGUACUUCCGGUCCUUCACGGCCAGUAGUCUCGGCGGGGCGUGGACGCCCCAAGCGGCGAGCGAGAACCAGCCCUUCGCGGGCAAGGCCAACAGUGGUGCCACCUGGACCCAGGACAUCAGUCACGGCGACUUGGUGCGCAAUAAUCCGGAUCAGACGAUGACUGUCGAUCCUUGUAACCUCCAGUUGCUCUAUCAGGGCAAGGACCCCAAUAGCAGCGGCGACUACAACACUCAGCCGUGGCGACCGGGAGUGCUCACUCUGAAGCAUUAAUGUGGUGUUUUCUGGAUGGAUAAGUGGAUUGGGUUGUUUGAGGUGGGAAUGAUGCUCGAUGCUCGAUACUUCUGUAGCCGAGGUCAUGUGGCACGGGAUGCCCUAGUUAC